AUGUCAAAAAGCCAACGCUGGUCAGUGAAUGAGACAGUAAUUCUCAUUUACUUUUCGUCGCGACAAGUACGCUGCAAGGCUCUGCGUUGCCUUCUGGCACGCCGAGGCUUCUACCGUUCCCCUCGCGCGAUCAAACACCGGGCAUACACACUGGCCAAGUCUCAUCCGGAACUGAAAGUCAAUGGAGACUUUUGGGACUUGGAUACCGUGGAUAACUGGAUCGACAAUAUUGCGGGGGACCAUCGUAGUGUCAACGAGCUGAUUUGGUUUGGGGAGAAAGAUGCCCGCGAUGUUAUGAAGAAUCAACCCAUUGAGUCAUUGCAUGGGGUAUUUGAAUGGUUUGAUUUCAGAAUGUCGAGUGUUCGAGCUUUUCCACGCGAACAGAAAAGAGAUGGAUAG